GACUCCUGUAAACCUCUCCAUCCCCUGAGCUUCAAAGAUGGAGGCCCAUGUUCACUGUUCAUCCUGCUUUAACCUGAGAUGCAUGGUUAGACCUGAACCUGGACUUUCUUGUGAUCUCAUUUCAUGUCCGCUGGUUUGCGGGGCUGUAUUUCACUCCUGCAAAAGUGAUGAGCACCAGCUUCUGUGCCCCAUGGUGAGGAUUCCGUGCCUUAACAGUGACUAUGGCUGCCCAGCCACCAUGAUCCGCAACCAGAUAUCUGCACAUCUGGAUGUGUGCCCGGCUGGAGUUGUCUGCUGUACAAUGGAGUGGAACAGAUGGCCAGUUAGCUGCUUGGACUAUACUUCUUACGAGAGUUUAAGUCGUGUGGUAGAGGAGGUGGAGCAACUGGAUAUGGCUCUUGCCCUCCAGGACCAGCGUACACUCCUUGAGUCCCUUAAAGUGAUUGCCAUGACACCUUCUGUUCAAGAACGACUUGUCCCUGUUAGUAAAGAGAACAGAACUAAACACUUGGCUUUACAACCCCCUGCUUCUGAGUUCUCGGCUUCUAGUGGGCCACACUCUGAAUCACCGUCCUCUCAUCAGUCACAACCAAACAUGAGAGACCUGGCAAAAGAGAAAAUCGUAAGGGGAAUCAAUGGCUUGCAUGAGGAACACUUCAGUAAACUGUAUGAGGCCACAGCUGAAACGGCAAGAAGCUUGGUUGCCGCUUUAGACUUUUUUAGCAGUGCCAGCUGUGGUGAAAGCAGUUCAGAAUGUUUGAAUAUCGGAGCUGCUUUUGUAAAAACUGAUUUGAGCAUCAAUGAAGGCCUUGCAACUGAAGUUGCUGAUUGUUUGCACCAAAGAGACAUUAGCUGUUUGAAUGGAGAUUGGGCUCUUGAAGGAGCAGAUGAAACGACUAAAAACACAUCCAAUGGACCAGCGUUAGGAGCCUCGGAGGCCUUUCUGGGAACGGAUGACAUCCAAGACGGCUAUGCAGAUGGUUCUAAGGAACAAUUGGUGUCCCCACUUCCUGUCAGCUCUGGUGUGGCACAGUUAGCAGAUCAUGUGGUCCUUGAAGAUGGAGAGCUAGUUCGUUCAGAAAAUCAUGAGCAUGAAAGAAGGUUCCAUAAUCAGUUUUUUACUGUUGAGGGCCGUCAUUCAUCAUCUAAUAACACAGGGAUGAUGUCUGACCAGCCACCAUAUAAACUGCCAGCCAAAAUGGAGGACAAAGCAUUGGAUACUUCAGACCUGGAGCAGGAUGAUGACCCCAUGGGACUAGGAGAGAUCGACCUGAUCACGGCAGCCCUACUCUUCUGUCUAGAGGAGUCCCGAGAGUGUAGAAGGAUCUCCGAUACGGUUUUUGUUGACGGUUGUCGUGUUAAUUUUGGAACACAGACCUUCACUUUUCCUGCAGCAAUUUUAGUCACCAACACAAGAGUGGGAGAAAUGGCCUCUGCUUCUGCCUGUGACCACGCUGCACCACAGCUCACUUACCCCAGCCCAUUCCGUACGCUCCGCCUUGGCCUGGUCCUUGAAGCUCUGAAGGCCGAGGCGGUCUCGUAUAACUGUUACCUCCCUUCUAACCCACACUACCAACAUACAUUCCCCUUCAUCUGUGGCCAGUUAUUUCGCCGGGACCAGUUUUCUUCUCAUUUUAGGAAUGUCCAUGGGGACAUUCACGCUGGCCUCAAUGGCUGGAUGGAGCAGCGCUGCCCCCUUGCGUAUUACGGUUGUACAUUUUCCCAACGAAGGUUUUACCCAACAGCCCAGGGAGCCAAGGUAGUUCAUGACCGGCACCUAAAGUCGUUCGGGGUUCAGCCUUGCCCACAGCUGGAGCUUUCAAAUGAGUCCCAGUCUGAUCAGUUUAGUAGACUUCCCAUAGAGAUACUGUGGCACAUAGCUGCAUUCCUGGACAGUUUUAGCUUGUGCCAGCUGUCUCUGGUAUCACGAACUAUGAGGGAGGUGUGUGCCAGUCUCCUCCAGACGAGGGGCAUCGUAGAGCUGCAGUGGGAGCAAAGAAUGUGUCCUGGCAGCUCUGGCACUGUGUCGUGGCAGAUCAAAAAUAAGAUGUGGAGAUUCAGCACUGCCUUCAGCCCUGUGUCCUCGUGGGGUUUUACUGAUGUCCCCAACAUGUCGGUUCAUCUUAAAAAGUGCCACUUCAACGUAGCGGAGCACAAGACGGAGCCGAUUCCACUCCCAGCCAUGUGCACGGCGCGAGACGGACUCUCGCUUCGUCGUGUCCUGCGUCACGUCCACACCUGACCACAAAUCGAGCUGCGUGAGAGUCACUGUGGUGUUAUGUGAAUGUUAAGAAGUUUUGUUGUGGAAUAAAUCAACACUUCCUGUAUUGUUUUAGCUGAGGAAGAAGCCUUAAUGAAAUAACACUUGUCAGGUCUGUUGUGAAUGUUUUUUUUAUAUUUGGAGGGAAAAAAUAUACAUUAGUCAGCAUUAACUUUGCAUGAAUUUGUGCUAAAAAUGCAUCUUUAUUCUGGUAAGAAAAAAAAUAUUUUGACACGUGACCAUUAGAUUUUUAUUCUUGAUGUGUUAAAGAUGGAAUUAAAUACUAUUCUGCCUUUGACAAGUAGCCAUGAAAACUACAGUGUUGGUUAAACAGCAUUAUUUCCGUUUGAAACUAUAACAGCACUUUACUUAAAUGUUUCUAAUCCCU